AUGACCAGCGCGGCCGAAAUCGAAGCGCUGCAGGUGCUCCUCGCUAAGGAGCUCUACCUCGAGCACGCGAGUCCGCUCUACGUCGCGUGCACAGAAGGCGACAUGGAGAAGGUCACGUCGCUCCUGGUCGACGCCGCCACGGACGUCAACUGGCGCACGCCCGACGAGGGCUGGACGCCGCUGCACAUGGCGUCGGCCAUGGGCUACGACGACAUUGUCGCGCUGCUUCUGCGCCACGGCGUCGCCGCCGACGCGCUGGGCCACGACGAUGUGACACCGCUCAUGGCCGCGUCGAUCCAAGGCCAGCUCUCGACGCUGCAGCUGCUCGUCGACGAAGGCCAUGCCAACGUCAACGCCGUGACGACGGUGCGUCACUCGGUCGCUGUCGCCGCGCGUCCAUGUGCGAUGUAG